AUGUCACGUGAGACCGCACCCAUGAAGGGUGCAAGUCCUGUUAAUUCACCGGCAGGUGGUGACAGUCCAAAACCAUCAAGUGCCAAUAUUAAUAAUGUUAAAAAUGUUAAUAAAAAAAGUCUUCGUGAAAGAGUAAAUUUUUUUGAACGUAUAUCAAAAAAUAAUGGAUCAAGUACAGAGGAUCUUGUUGAUCAAACAGAUUCAACAUUUUUUCAUAAAAAAUCAUUAUCACAUGCUAGUGAUAGUUCAUUUGAAGAAUCAUAUGAACGUUUAAUUGAUGAGGGUGAAUUAAAUGGUUCAAAAAUUGUUAAAUAUGAAAAAAUAACAUUAAAAAAAAGUACGAAAGAAAUAACAUCAUCGAAAAUAAGUAAAACACCAAGUAAUGAAAUUUAUAUUGAUGAUUCAAAUUAUCAAAGUCAUGCUUUACAUUGUAGUAAAUCAAGUUCAAUUGGAUCAUUUAAUAAAUUUUCAUCAGAUGAAAGUAUAUGUAAAAAAGAUUUAACGAGUAAUACAUCUGAUGAUAGAGGAUCAACUUCAUCAGAAUGGUAUAAUGAUUAUCGUAAUCAAAAUAUUCAAUAUAUAUCGCCGAAAAAAAAUGAUUAUUUCAGAAGUAAAAGUCAAUAUGAUGCACAUAUUGCUGAGGUUAAAGAUGAGCAAGAACGAGUGCAGAAAAAGACUUUUGUCAAUUGGAUCAACUCUUAUCUAUCCAAGAGAAUUCCACCGAUGCGAGUUGAUGACCUCAUCGAAGAUUUAAAAGAUGGAACAAAACUUUUGGCAUUAUUAGAAGUUUUAUCCGGUGAAAAAUUGCCCGUUGAGAAAGGAAGAAAUUUAAAACGGCCUCACUUUGUCAGCAAUGCAAAUACUGCACUGCAAUUUUUACAGAGCAAAAGGAUUAAAUUAGUUAACAUCAAUUCAUCAGAUUUAGUCGAUGGUCGUCCACCAGUUGUUUUGGGUCUGAUUUGGACCAUCAUCCUGUACUUCCAGAUUGAAGAAAAUACCAGAGCACUGGAAUAUCUUGGUCAAACUUGGGGCAGUCAAAGUAGCCUUGAGAGUCUUGGUUCAGUUGCAAGUGAAAAAAAACGUUUGAGUAGUGAAAAAUGGAAACAGGGUGCUCGUAAAACAUUAUUGCAAUGGGUAACAAAUGCACUGCCUGAAAAUUCUGGAAUAAAAGUUCGAGAUUUUGGUGAAAGUUGGAGAGAUGGAAAUGCUUUCUUAGCUGUUAUUGAUGCGAUAAAACAAAAUUUAGUCAGUAUAGCUGCAAUGAGAGAAGAAACAAAUCGUGCACGUUUAGAAACUGCAUUUAAUGUUGCUGAAGGAGAAUUGGGUAUUGCUCGUCUUCUUGAUCCAGAAGACGUUGAUGUACCUCAACCAGAUGAAAAAUCAAUAAUGACAUAUGUUGCACAAUUUUUGCACAAAUAUCCAGAACCAAGAUCAUCAAAUUCCGAAACAUUAGCAACAAUACAAUUGGAUUAUGAUUCACUUUUAGUUUGGCUAACUGAUCGUACUAAAAAUUUAGAAGAUUUAGAUAAAACUCAUUCAUUUCCAUCGAGUUAUUCAGAGUAUGUUACAGCAAGAAUGGAAGCUGAUGAUAAAUUUUUAAUUUAUAAAAAACUACAAGCUCUAGUUGAUUCACCAAGUAUGAUUAGUAUCACUAGAGAUUCAUGGAAAAGUGUUGAAAUGUUGUGGAAUAAAAUGGAACAUUUAUUGAUGAAAUGGUUAUGGCUAUUGGAUUCAUCACUUCCAGGUGAAAUUGGUGAAACAGGCAGAUGGCUGGCCCUUGCUGAAUCUUUGCUUAAUUCUGACGAUGAUAUUCCCGACGAAAUGAACGAACAAACUGCCAGUAUAAUAUCAAACAAACUUGAAGAUCAUAAAAAAUUCUUCCUUGAUUUACCAAGCAUGACGGAUAAAUUUCUUCGAGCUAAAAAUUCAUCAAUUGCUCGACAAAUACCUCAGGCACAACUUGACAAUAUGGCAAGACGUUUUAAUAUUUUGCCAAAAUCAGCUGCAAAGCGUAGAAUAAAAUUAAAAUUCCUUGAACAUAAAUGUUGUCUUGUUGCUUUUCUUUAUCUUGUUGAGACAAAAUUAAAUAGCUGGGGUGUUAAAUAUGGUGGCGAGGAAAAAGUUAAUCAGCUACUUGAACAAUAUAGAACAUUUGUAUCACGUAAUAAAAUAUUUCAAGAAUUUCAAAAAGCCUAUUUGGAUAUGCAACAAGUUGUUGAUGAGUAUAAACGUGAGGGUGAUAUAACACGUGAAGAAAGUUUAAAUAUUGAUAGAUUUAUGCGUGAAACAGCUGAAAAAUGGAAAAAUAUAUCAAUGGAUUUACGUUGUGUUCAAAGUAUGCUUGAGGAAGUUGUUACAUACUGGCGUCGUUGGAGUUCAGCUUCAGAUGAAUUUGAAGUUUGGCUAAAUCGUGCUGAGCCUGCUCUUAAUUUUCCUGAUGAAGAAAAAAUGGAAUUCUUUCAAGACAUCAGUGUGUGGAAGGAUAGGCAUCAACAAUUGUCUGAUACAGUGAGCUUUCUCAUUGCAACAUCUGACGAUAAUAUAUCAUUGUCACUACGUGAUCGUUAUACAUUUUUGUCAAAUCGCUGGGAUCGUUUAUUUUCUGAGGCAAAACAAUACAUGCAUGCUGGUGAUUUAUUGAGAAAUAGAAAAGAUUAUCGUCAUGGUGUUGAGACACUUCAAACAUGGCUGAGAAAUGCUGAGGCAAUAUUAUCAACAACACAAUUAUCAUCAACAGAAGAAAUAAAAGCAUAUGGUGAACAACUUGAAAAAUUAAAUACAGAAAUUGAAAGUAUUGAAGAAUUAUUUAAAAGUAUAAGUAAAAAAUUUCAAACACUUAUUCAAGAUUUAUCACGUGAAGAAGUUGACAAAAUGAUGAAUACAUUAAAAAAAGAAAAAGAAGCAUUGGUCAAGGUAAGAGCAUUAAUACCAAUGCAAUUACAUCUUUAUCAUCAAUUGCUUGUUCAACAAGAAUCAUUAGAUGCAGGUCAAAAAGAAAUAUCAGUAUGGCUUGAUGAAGCUGAACGUCUUCUUGGUAGUAUAAAUCUUUCUGGUGGUAGAGAUUCUGCACUUGCACAGCUUGAACGUCAUAAAGCAUUUUUUUCAAGAACAUUGUAUUACAAAUCAAUGCUUGAAUCUAAAAAUAAAGUAUUUUCAAGUAUUGUCAAGGCUGUUGAUACUCAUGCAAAUCCAGAAACAGCUGAUGGUGGUAUUGAAUUGAGAAAAUUAAAUGAAAGAUUUUCCAUUGUUUCACAAACAGCACAAAUAAAUGAACAACGUCUUCAAGAAGCUGUAAGAUGCUGGAGUAAAUUCCGUGAUUGUGAAAGACAAGUUAUUGAUUGGCUGACAACUGCUGAAAAUUUAUUAAGUGACAGAAGAAUUGACAAUCGUCAAUCAGUUGAUAAUCAUAAAGAAUUUUUUGGUAAAGUCAAUGAACGUUGGAUACAAGAUCUUGUAAAUGCUGGUCAAGAUUUAAGAAAUACAUUGCCAGUUGAACAACAAACACCAAUUGUUGACACUGUAAAUAAUCUUCAAAAAAGAUGGAAAGAUAUUUUGUCAUUUGCACCACUGCAUUUAAUGCGUCUUGAAUUUAGAUUAGAUGAAACAGCUUUCGUACAAUAUCUCAAAGAAAUUGAGGUUGAAAUUAAUUCUGAACAACAAGCAUUAAUUAAUAAUGAUGAUGUUGAUUCAAUAAUGCAACGCAAUAAAGAAUUCUUUGUUAAUCGUGGAAUUGUUUUAGAGGUAGAACGUUGUUUAAAAAAUUUAAAGAAAAUAAGUACUUCCUACAGUCAAAUGAAGCCAGGUGAUAGUUGUCUUCAAGAUGCUGUUGCACAGGCUGAACAAAUGUGGGAAGAUUCAGCACAGAGAGUUGAAACAAUCAGGGAACAAUUGCAACAAGUACCAGAACAAUGGGCUGUUUACAGAAAAAAAUUCGAUGAAAUGGUGAAAUGGAUGGAUCAUGUUGAUAGUACCCUACAAGCAAUUUUGAAGGAAGUCAAUUCCCUGGAAGAAUUUGAAAAAGAAAAAUCCGUAUUUCAGAAAACUCUAACGAAAGUUUGCCAAGAUGCUGACAAUAAGAGGGAAGCAAUGAAAUGGCUGGUUCAAGUGCUGGAUAAUUUAACAACAAAUCGACUAGAUGAAGAGGCUAUUGAAGAACAAAAAAAAUUAGAACAACUUAUAACACGUUAUAAAAAUUUAAUACCAACAAUUGAAAUAACAAUGACAAAAACUGAUAUAUUUACAAAGAGUUAUACAUACAGAAAAGAAGUACGUGAAGUAUGUACAUUAUUGACUAAAGUUAAAGAACAAUUGGCUGUUGAAACAGCUCCAGAAGUACCAACAAAAUUAAAAGAUGCUGUAGAUCAACAAGAAACACGUUUAAGUCAACUGGAACAACAACGAGCAAAUAUUGUUAGUAUGCUUCAACGAGGAAAAGAUUUAUUAAAAGAUCAACAUGCUCCACCUUUUGUAUCAUCAGAAAUUCAACAACUCGAGUCAUCAUGGAAUGAUACUUAUGGACAGAGUAUUGAAAGUCUCAAGACUUUAAAAAGUUCUCAAAAAUUAUGGGACAUUUAUUAUGAUCAAAAAGAAGAGCUAACAAGAAUCAUCAGAAAUGCCAAUGAAGAAUUGGAAAAAGUUAAAAUGCCAAGUUUUUAUAAUGCAAAUAAAGUAUCUUCAGAUUUGAUAGCAAAAAAAGAAUUAUCAUCAAAAUUAAAAAAAGAAUCAACAGAAUUAAUGAAAAGAUUGCGAGAAACUCUUGAUAAAUUAGAUCAAGUUGUACCACCUGAAAUAAAGCUAACGAUUCGUCAAGAAAUAACAACGAUUGAGCAUAUUUUGGAGACGACUAUUGAAACAGUCGAGAAGAGAGUUUUGUAUCUCGAGGAAAAUGGGGCAAGAUGGGCAAAAUUCCAAUCAGAAAUGUCAGAGUUAAAACAAUGGGCUCAGCAAAGUGCUCCACAAGUAAUUGCAAAUGUUCAAGAUGCUUCAACUUCACCCGAAGAACGUGUAAAAAAAACUGACCAAUUACAAAAGCAGAUGUCUGAAAAAAUGACAGUACUGAGAGUAUUAAAGGAAGAGUCAAAGCAGCUUAUCAAAGACAACAGUCAGGAUGCAAAACAAUUAAAUGCUGAAAUUCAUGAUUUACAAAAUACAAUUGAUAAUUUAAAUGCAAAUAUAUCGAGUGAAAAAGAUUUGGCCACGAAAAAUUUAAUAACUUGGAAUGAAUACGAAGUGGGAAUACAAAAAAUAAAACCCUGGAUAGAACAAGCUGAAUCCCAAGCCGCAACAAUUUGCUCAAAACCCACGACUCUUUUGCAAGCCAAGGACAUGUUACAUGUUGCAAGAGAAUUUGAAAAACAAUGUGAAACAAAUUUACCAAAAGUCCAAGAAUUAUCACACGUUAGUCAGAAAAUUGAGGGACGAACAAUUGCUCCAGAUGAAGUUGAUGCUGUUUAUACACGAUGGAAUUCAGUUCAUGAUAUAUCAAUUCAAACAACUACUAAAUUAGAUAAACUCGUGUCAUCUUGGACAACAUUUGAAAAUGACGCUCAAGACUUUAAUGCAUGGCUUGCCAAAAGUGAACAAGUAUCUCAAGUUGAGCCAAAUUAUCAAUCACCAGAAUCUAUUAAAUUGGAAACAGAUUUAGUCCAUUUAAAAGAUUUUAACAAAGAAAUUUCCGACCGUCAAGCUCAAUUAAUAUCGUUGACUCAAGUUUCUGAUCACAUAAGUCAUGGUUUAUCGAUGGAGGGUGCUUCGAGUUUAAAAUCGCGAGUACAAGAAAUGAAAUCCAGAGUUAGUAAACUCGCUGAUACCGUUCGUCAUCACAUUAAUUUAGUGUCCGAUUCAUUAUUGGCAAGACAAGAGUUCCACAUGAAAAUAUCUGAUUUUGAAAAUUGGAUGGCACGCUUACGUACAUCAAUUGCUGAAGUUAGUGAAGUGAAUAUGGACAAUGUUGAUACAAAUCUUCAGGCUGUUCAUGGUUUUCUCCAGGAACACUUGGAGAAACAGCCAUCAUUCUCAGCAAUUUAUGAAGAAGUAAAGCAUCUUUCGGCUCAAGGAACAUCUCAAGAGGUCGAAAGUGUGAAUGAAAUUUAUACAAAUUUAGCAGAAAAAUAUAAAGCACUUGAGAAUGAUCUACAACAACGGAAAAAAGGUCUUGAAAAAUGGGGAGAAUUAUUAAACUGGCAUAACGAAACAAAUGCACAAUUAAGUCAUACAAAAUAUGAGCUUGAUGCCAGAAAACCAAGUAUUGGAGAGCUUGAAAAAUUAUCAAAUGAAUUGCAAAGUGCUUACUCUAAAAUUGAAUCAUGGAAAGAACAUAUUCCAGUAGUUGAUAACUCAAUGGGAAUUCACAUGCGAAAUAAGCAAGAAAAACCUCUGACAGCUUCAGCACUUAUUUAUGAACUCGAAAGCAAAGUGGUAGUAUUAAAAACAGACAUAUCAUCAAAACGAGACAAGCUCGAAAAUUUGGGAGCACGCUGGGAUAAUUUCCGGAAGAUCCAAGAAAAAUUAACUGAAGAUAUUGUCAAAACACAAGCGUCACUUCAAGAAAUAACGAUGGGAGUUGAUACUUGUGAAAAGCUAUCACCAGCUGUUGAAGCAAUUGAUGAUCUCAUUGAAGAGCAUCAACGACAUGAGCCUAAUAAAGAACUUUUACAUUGUGAAGGAAAUAAUUUAAUUAAAGAAGAUCAAAAAGCAACAACAAAUGUCCAAGUUGUUGUUUCUUCUGUUGAUGCAAAUUGGGAAAAAGUCAAUGAGUUAUUGAAAGAUCAGCGAAAAAAAUACGCAGAGAUGCAUUCUGCUUGGACAAAUUAUCAAGAAGCAAAAGAAAAAUUAAUUAAAUUUAUGGAAGAUUCACAGAAUUUACGUCAAUCAGCAAAAGAAAUACCUAAUGACGUUACUCAGGCAAAUGUUGCAUUGGAAAAACACAAACGUGCAUCAGAUGUUUUGAAAAAAGGAAAACAAUUUUUAGAAAAGAUGGAUCAAAAAGCACAGCAGUUAAUUAAAGAAGCAUCAUUAAUGCCAAAUUUUAAGGUUGAAAUUAUAGAAAAUGAUUUGUCAAAAAUUAGAAAUCAAUACCAAGAAACAUAUUCGGCAAUUGUUGAAAAAACACAGUCUUAUGAGACUCAAGUUAUUAUUUGGAAACAAAUUGAAGAGGCAAAAUACGAACUGUCAAGAUGGCUCAGUGACACUAACGAAGCUCUGACAUCGUCAUGUGAAAGAUUGACUGAUAUCGAAAAUGGCCAGGCAAGGUUAUUACGUUAUCACGAAGAAUUACCAAAUUACCAACUUAUUCAUCAGGGAAUAUCUAGUAAAAUUGACCAAUUAAUUAAAAUAAAUAAUAAUUCUUCUAUGCCAACAUUAAAUUCUCUCAAAAAACUCCUUGAAGAAGAAUUUGUUGUUGUAAAAGAAACAGCAGAAAAGCUGGCAUCUUUAACGUCCAGUCUUAAUGAAAAAGACAAGGAUAUUCGUAAAAAUUUGAAAAAAUCAGGUGAUCAAAUAUCGAAAAUACGUGAGGAUAUAAUUAAAUGUGAUGAUUUGACUGGUGAAAAUACAAAAGUAUUAGCUAGAAUAAAUAAGUGUCAAGAAUUAAAAACAGAGCUUAAAACUUGUUAUACUACUUUGGAAGAAAUUGCUAAAAACAUUGAAAAUGCAUCAAAGACUUAUCCAGCAAUUGAGAGGUCAAGCUUACCAAAAGAACUUCAAUCUCUUAAACUGCGUUGUGAAGGUGUUGAAAAUCAUGCAGACAAAGUUAGUGCAACUCUCGUGGCUUUCUUGACAAAAUUAUAUCAUGAAAAAUUCAGUGGCUUACAGAGAAUGGUUACAAAUCACAAAGAAAAGGUUCAAUGGUGUGAACCAGAACAAAGCAGUGAUCGUUACAAUUUGGAAGUUAAAAUGGCAUCACUGGUUGACGUUGAGGCAGGAAUAAGAGACUGUGAGGCGAGAAAAUCAGACACUGACAAAUCUCUUGCUCUAUUAGAGACAGUUGAAAGUAAGGAGACAACAUCUGCCCUUAAAGCUGAACAAAAUAAAGUCGCUGCUGAUCUUGAAACACUCAAAACAAAUUAUGCAAAAAUAAAAUCGGUUCUUGAAAGAAAUAUUGCACUUUGGCAACAUUAUGAAGUAACAUCAGAGAAUGUAGUAAGUUGGUUAAAAGAAACUGAAAAUAAAAUACGAAGUGAUGGAUCAGCCUUGGUUGAACUUGCUGAAAUUGAGGAAAAAAUUGCAGAAAUCGAAAAUUAUCAAAAAGUAGUCAAUGAUUAUAAUAAAGAAAUUAGUGAACUGACAAAAUUAAGUGAAGAUAUUUUAAAAGUAAGUCCAGAAUCACGAGUAUCUCAGUAUGUUGGCCAUUUGACAACUCGUUACCAGUCAAUCCAAAAAUUCAUGAUUCAAUAUCACGAAAAAUUAAAUGAACUGAAACAAAGUAGAAGUCAAUAUAAAGCUCACGUUGAAGAGCUUGAAAAAUGGCUAGAUGAAGCUGAACAAAAGUUGAAAAUAUUUGAAGAAAUAUCAGGACCAAAAGCUAUAACAUUUUAUCAGUCAAAAUUAAAAGAGCUUAAAGCUUUUAAAGAAAAUAGAGAAAAAGGCCAAACAAUUCUGAAUAAAACAGCUGAAGCUGGGGAAGCACUUUUUUCAAAAAUAACACCAGAUCAACGUGAAGCAAUUCGUGGAGAACUGAGAAAUCUAAGAAAUCGUGUUGAUGCACUUACAGAUUUGUCAAGUGUAAUUUAUAAAAAAAUAGAAAAUGACAUGAUGCACAGAUCAUCUUUUGAAGAUAAAUAUUCUCAAGUGAAACAGUGGCUCAUUGAUGCUGGAACAAAAGUGGGUGACAAACAAGUUCUUCUGCCAACAUUGCAGGAUAAAAAAAUUGCAUUAAAUUCAUAUAAAGCUAUAGCUCAAGAUGUCAAUGCCCAUAAAACUAUACUGGAACAACUUAAAGAACGUUUUGGCAAUGUGUCUGAUGAGGAAGCAAGCGGAAUGUUGAACAAUGUUAUUGAAAGUUAUGACAAUUUGUCAGAAAAUGUUGAAGGUAGAAUAAGUGUUACAGAAGCUUGGGUUCUUAAUCAUGAGGCAUAUCUACAAACAUUCGAAAAAACCCGUGACUGGUUUAAUACAGUAAUCAAUGAUGCAUCACCACUACUAGAAGACCUUGCAAUUGAAAGAGAUUCUGCAAAAGCAAAAAUUACACAAAUUGAAAAUGUCCUCCAGAAAAAAAUUGAGGGUGAUCGUCUUCUUGCAGAAUGCAAUGAUCAAAUGAAUAUGAUUUUAGAACAAACAUCAAUACCUGGUCAUGCAUUAUUAAUUAAAGCGUUUGAUCAACAGAAAAAAAAUUGGAAUGACUUUUUGGCUCAGUGUGAAGCAAUGAAAAUAAAAUUGAGUAGUAUGUUUGAUAAAUGGACAGAGUUUGAAAAACUUGUUGAAGCACUAGAAGCCUGGACCAAGCAAAUGGAGUCUCGGGUUAAAGAUCAAUCUUUGAAGAGUACUGAAGAAGCAAAGCGCAAUUAUCUCGAAAAACUGAAGAGCCUUGAAGAAGAAAUAACAGCCAAAGCAGUUGAUUUUAAUGCAGCUGUUGAGCAAAGUCAAGGCAUUGAAGCUGAAUCUGAAUUAUCAACACGUAUAUCAAGACAAGCAACAAAAUACCAAGCAAUUAAAAAUCAGGCUAAAGAAGCUGUAGCUCGUUAUGAACAAUAUGUUAAAGAGCACGCUACUUUUGAUGAAAAAUACAAUCAAUUUUCUGAUUGGAUAAAAAAUGUACAAGAAGAACUCGGAAAACAUCGUGAAAUUGUUGGUGAUUUGUCUAUACUUCAAAGUCGCCAAAAAAGUAUUCGUGAUUUAGGCGACACAAGGACAAAAGAAAAUCCAAGAUUUGAGUCAGUUAUUGAUCUUGGUGAAAAAUUAUAUGUUCAUACUUCGCCAGAUGGACGAGAAAUUGUUAGACAACAAUUGAGAAAUUUACGAACACUUUGGGAUGGAUUUACAGAAGAGCUUCAGUCAGCCACGCAAAAAUUAGAUCAGUGUCUCACGCAAUUUGUUGAAUUUUCACUUUCACAAGAACAAUUAACUGCUUGGUUACGAGAUGUUGAACGUGCAAUGCAUCAACACACUGAACUAAAAUCUACACUCGAAGAAAAACGUGCUCAAUUACAAAACCAUAAAAUAAUGCAUCAAGAAAUAAUGUCACAUCAAGGUUUGGUAGAAUCAGUUUGUGAUAAAGCACAAAAACUUGUUGAUCAAACAAAAGAUACAACUUUAAACGUUUAUCUUCAAUCAAUCAAGCAACUUUUCCAUAAUAUUGGUACAAAGUCACAAGAUCUUCUUGGCAACCUUGACGAUUGUGCUGACAAGCAUAAUAAAUUUAAUCUUCAGUGUAAAAAUUUUGAAGACUGGUUAAAUAUGGAGAAAGAAAAAUUAAUAGAUUGUAAUGACAUAACUGGUGAAAGAGCUGAUAUAAGCCGACGAAUGGCAACACUUUCACUUUUAAAAUCAGGCCAAAAACAAGGUGAAGAACAUCUAAAAAAACUCAAAGAAUUAGUUGACAUUGUGAUAAAAAGUACAGCUGAAAAAGGCCACGCUGAAAUACGCAAAGAAGCUGAAUGUUCAGAGCAAGCAUUGGCCCAGCACAUGAGUGAAAUUGAGACAGUAGAAGCCAAACAAAAUGUUGCAUUACAAAAAUGGCAAGACUUUGAGAAUCAGCUUGAAACUCAUACAAAAUGGUUUAGAGCGAUGGAAGCUGCAUUUAGAGAUCAACAACUUCAAGCAAGUCUAAAAGAAAAAGAAGACAGAUUGCAGUAUUUUAAAUCAAAGAAAGAAUUAAUUGUAAAACAAGAACAGGUGAUUGAUGAGUUUGUUGACAAAUCACAUGGACUUUUGAACUGUAGUGGAGUCGAGAGAAUAAAACCAACGAUAUCCCAAAUUAGUAAUCGUUAUCAGUUGCUUUCGGUCCUCAGUAAAGAUGUCGUUGAUAGAUGCCAAGGAAUUGUCGAUGAGCACAAAGUUUAUUCUGAUAAAUUAGAAGCUGUCAAUGCUUGGUUAACGCCUCUGGAGCAAAAUUUAAUUUCUUUGAAAAAAGACGAAAGUGGAGCUGAUUUAGAAGCAAAAAAUUCACGACUCAAGGUUUUGUUGGCUGAAAAAGAACAAGCAGAAGCUCGUUUAUCUGCUCUAAGUGAUGUUGGAGAGAGAAUUUUACCUGCUACCUCAGCUCAAGGACGUGAAAUUAUUCGACAUGAGCUUAGACAUGCUAGAGAAAGAUGGGAUAAUUUAAUGGAGGGUAUAAUCGACCAACAGAAAAAACAAGAUGCUCAGUCAUUGCAGUGGUCAAGCUAUCAAGAAACACUACAACAAAUUCUUGGUUGGCUAGAUAAUAUGGAAAGGGCCUUGAGACAAGAUUCUUCUAUAUCUGGAUCAACUCUUCAAGAAGUUCGUUCAAAGAUGCUAAAAAGCAAGACUUUGCAUCAAGAAAUUUUAGCACACAAAAGAAUCGUUGAGGCAAUUUCCGAAAAAGCAAAUGCACUUGUUCAAGUGACACAAGCACCAGCUGAUAUAAAAGAAACAGUUGCCUCAGUUUCAACUCGUUACGAACAACUCUCUGAAACAUCACACAAAGGAAUCAGCUAUUUGGAAGUGUUGCUUGAAAUUUUCCAACAAUUUCACGAUCUUCAAAAAAUUUAUCAAGACUAUCAAAAGCAACAAUGGGACAGACUUAGUAAUUACACUGAUUAUAGUGGUAACAAAGCUACCCUCCAAGCGAGAUUGGUCAAAGUUAUGGAAAUACAAGAUGGACAGACUGAAGGAGAGCUUAAACUCAAUGUUCUUGAAGAACAUUUUAAGCAAAAUGCUCCCAAUUUACCAGCAAGAUCCCAUGAGUCUAUGGAGAGAGACGUAACUAAUCUUAGAUUCGAGAACAAGAAGUUUGCAGCAGCAGUUACUGAUGUUGUCCGAAAAAUUGAAGAACGUAUACAACAAUGGAGUGAAUAUGAAAAUGCACUUGAACGUUUAUUGGCUUGGCUAUCUGAAGCUGAAGCAAUUCUUAAAAAUUAUACAUUAAAAAAUACUAUUGAAGAAAAACAAGAACAACUGGAAAAAUACCAGGAACUAUUAAAAAUAACGGAAACCAAGGAUUCAGAUGUCUUUGAACUAGUCGCAAUUGGUGAUCAUCUGGAGCAAUCAUUAAUAACGAAUUUGCGUUCUCACGAGGCCGAGUUUGACAAAAUGAGUGAUGAUUCAUCAGAGCUUGUUGAGAUAAGUGGUGAGACAAGAUUUUCAGCAAAUGUACAACAAGUUAAUUCAAGAUUUCAAUCAAUCCAAUCAACUGCAAAAGAACUUGUUAAAAAAUGUGAACAAUCAAUUCAAGAUCACUUGAUUUAUCUCGAGCGUUAUAAACAAUGUACUGAUUGGUUAUCAGCAUCACAAUCUCACUAUCAAAUGACAACUGAUACAACAUCAGCAACAAAACAAGAAUUAAUGCAACACGGAGAAAGUUUACGUGAAUUAUUGUCACAAAUUGCAGCUGGAACAUUAUUAGUAAAUAAUACAGUAGAAGCUGGUGAACGUUUAUAUUCAUCAACUGGCUCAGAUGGUCGUGAAAUAAUUCGCCAACAAUUAUUAGAUUUACAGCAAGCUUUGGAGUCUCUUCAUGAUGGUGUAACAUCAACUGAGCGAGAAAUUCAAGUUAAAAUAUCUCGUUGGCUUGGUUUUAAUGAGUGUAGUGAUAAUUUUGAGCAAUGGUUAUUAAAACUUGAAAAACAAAUAAAACCAGAGUUGGAAUUAAAAACAACACUUGAUGAAAAAAGAAUUCAGCUUCAAUUAUAUCGUGAUGCUUUACACGAUAUUCAAGGACAUCAAGAGGCACUUUUUGCUUUGCGAGAUAAAGCUGAAAAUUUACCAGAUAAAACAGAUAAAAUUGAAAAAGUUUUAAAUGAUUUGAGUAAUCGACAUGGUGAAAUAUUAAAAAGAGUACAAAGUUUUGUUGAAAAAUACGAAGCAAUUGUUAAUAAUCAUCAACAAUACAGUAAAGCUGUUUUAGAGACACACGAAUGGAUUGAUGCAACUCACAAUGCUGUUAAUUUAUGGGGUGAUGCUGAGCUAGAAAGAGUAUCACUUCAUACAAAUUUAGAUAGAUUAAAAAAUUUACUUCAAAGUCUUCCAGAAGAUGAGCCAAGAAUUCAACAAAUUCGUAGUCUCGGUGAAAAAGUUAUACCUGGUACACUUGAGUCAGGACAAGUGAAUAUUAAAUCACAAAUUGAUUCAUCACAACAAGAAUGGGAGAGUCUUGUUUCAGCAAUUAAAUCUACAAUUGAUUCACUUGAAAAUAAAUUACAACAAUGGAAUGAAUUUGAAGCACUGAGAGAAAAAUGUCUCGGUUGGAUACGUGAUACUGAUACAAAGUUACAUGCAGUUGAUUUAAAAUUAAAUUUAUCAGAAAAAAAAGAACAAUUGGAAAAGCUACGUGCAUUACAGGGUGAAGUACGUGCUAAAGAAUUAGAAAUUGAUGCUGUUACUGAACGUGCACAACAAUUAAAUAAAACAAUAACAUCAAGAGCAUCAAAUAUAUCUGAGCUUGGAAUUAAAUAUCAACAAAUAUCAAGUAAAGUUAAAGAUUUAAAUAUACGCUGGCAACAAUAUGUUGCAAAUCAUCAAGAUUUUGAUAAUCAAAUAUCAGCAUGUACUGGAUGGCUUGAAGGUAUUCGUGAAAAACUUGCAUAUUGUUCAGAUUUAAGUGCAUCAUCACAAAAAGAUUUAGAAAAUAAAAUGGAAAUAAUUCAAGAUUUGUUGCUUUAUAAAGAGGAUGGUUUUAGUAAAAUUCAAGGAAUUGUUGAAUCAGCACAAGGUGUAUUAGCAAAUACAGCACCUGGUGGUCAUAAAAGUAUCAAUGAUUCUGUUGCAAAACUUCAAGAACAAUGGAGUGUAUUGGCAUCAAAAAUGCUUGAGACAAAAACAAAUUUAGAUGAUUCAAUAAAUAAAUGGGCUGGUCUUUUAGAACAAAUACAAUCAUUAAAUACAACUGUUGAUUAUAUGGAAACAUCUGUUCAAGAAAUUAUUCCUUUCCAAACGACAAUGACUGAAAAACGUGCACAAUUAGAACGAAUAAAAGCACUUGAAGAAAAAGUACGUUGUGAAAAUAUUGAAGUUGAAAAUUUAAAAUCAAAAGUUGGUGAAAUGAUUGCAAGUGGUCAACAAGGUCUAGCAGCAUCACAAGCACAAGAUAUAUUAAAUAAAUUUGAUGAAUUAUUUGAACAAAUUAAAUCAUUAUUAGCUGAACGUGAAGAUCAAUAUAAAAAUCAUAAAUUAUAUAAAGAGGCACAUGAUGAUUUAAUUGCUUGGUUAACAAGAGCCAGAGAAAAAAUACCAUCAAUGAAACAAAAAACAUUGAGUGAUAAAUUGGCAAUUGAUAAUGCUGUUGCACCACUUGAAAGUUUAUUAAAUAAAAAAGCACAAGGUGAAUUAUUAGUUGAACAUCUACAGCAUACUGGACAAGUUGUAUGUGCAUCAACAAGUUCACAAGGUACAGAAAUUAUACAAAAUGAAAUACGAGCAUUAUCAGAAAGUUUUGAUACAAUGUUUAAAGAUAUUCAACAACAAAAAAAUCAAUUAGAAGAUACUGUUAGUCAAUGGCGUGAAUAUAAAGAUGAAUAUGAACGUUUGAGUGAUUGGCUUCAACAAUUUGAUAUUCUUAUUAAAGCACAAAAAAAUUCUCUACUACCAAAUGUUGCUGAAAAAGAAAAACAAGUUAAAGAAGUUAAAAUAAUACUGUCUGAUUUAUUAAAAGGUCAAGAACAAAUUGAUAAAUUUAAUGCAACUGCAUCUGUUUUAUUGGCAUCACAUUUAGAUGCAUAUGUUAAUAAUCAAUUGAGACAUUUAAAUUCACGUUAUCAAGUACAAGUUAAUUUAUCAAAAGAUGUAUUAAAUAAAGUUGAAACAAAUUUAUCACAACAUCAAGAAUAUGAGACGAAUUUAGAAAAAGCACGUCAAUGGAUUGAUAAUGCUAAACAAAUAAUUCGUCAAGGAACAGAAGCUGCAUCAUCAAGUUCACGUGAAGAACUUCAAGAACGUCUUGAUAAAAUUCAAGAUCUUUUAAAAAAACGUGAAGAAGGCCAAAAUUUAGUUCAUUUAACAGUUAAUUGUGGUGAAAAAGUUGCAAGAAAUACACGUUCAGAUGGACGAGAAGAAAUAAAUAAUCAAUUAAAAGAAAUUCAAAAUGAUUGGGAACGUUUAGUUAAAAGAAUAUCAACAACUAAAGUUCAUUUGGAAACAAGUUUAUUACAAUGGGCUGAUUAUAGUUCAUCUUAUUUACAAUUACAACAAUGGAUUAAUGAUCGUGAAGCAAAACUUCAACAAGUUUGUGAACAAAAAGUAACAAAAGCUAAAAAAGGUUUAGUUGGUUUAAAUUCACUUGCAAUUGGUGAAAGAAAAGCAAAUCUUCGUCAAACAAAUAGUAUUGUACAAGACAUUGUUGCAUUUGAACCAAUGAUACAAUCAGUUACAACAAAAGCUGAAGAUCUUCAACAAGCAAGUCCAGCAACAGAAAUAUCAAUAAAAUAUGAAACAUUAAGUAAACAAGCACAAGAAUUAUAUGCAAAACAAAAAGAAACAGUUGAACAACAUCAAGCAUUUAUUGACAGUGGUAAUGAAUUUGUUCAAUGGAUAAGAGUUGCAAGAGAAAGACUUGGUAAAUGUUCAGAGCCAACUGGUGAUAAAGAAUCAUUAUCAAGUAAAAUAACACAAUUAAAAGUGCUACAAUCAGAGCUACCAGAGGGUCAAGAAAAAUUAGAAAAAGCAUUGGAAAGAGGAAAUGCUGCUUGUCAAGUUGCUGAUACUGAAGAUAAAGAAAUAAUUGAAGAAGAAGUUGCAUUAUUACAAGAAGAAUAUGAUACAUAUGUUGAUUCAUUAAAUAGCACAAAAAGUCUUUUAGAAAUUGGAAUUGUCAAAUGGACAGAAUACGAAGAUCAAUAUUCAGAUGCAAGUGAUUGGUUAACACAAACUGAACAAUUAGUACAACCAUUUAAUAAAUUACAAAAUAGUCUUGAAGAAAAGAAAAAUGUUCUUGAACAAUUUCAAGUUCAUUUACAAACACUAUUUGAUUGGCAAAAAGAAUUAGAUCGAUUGAAUAUGAAAGCACAAAUGCUUCUUGAAACAUGUGCUGAUACGAGAAUUUCAAAUCAAGUAACUCAACUAACAACAAAAUAUAAUGCACUUUUAUCACUUGCAAAAGAAAUAAUGAGACGACUUGAAUUACAUUAUCAAGAGCAUCAACAACACAAUACAUUAUAUCAAGAAUGUCAAGAUUGGAUUGAUCGUACGAGAGACAAGCUAAUUGAAUGCAAAGAAAUUCCUGCAACUUUAAAUGAAGUUAAUAAUAAAUUAAAUACAUGCAAAAUAAUUAGACAAAGCUUGGAACAAGGACAAAAUAAAUUAAGAUAUGCUUUAGAGUUGAAAGAAAAAGUAAUUAUGAAUACUGAACACAAUGGAGCAAUAAAAAUUCAAGAAGAUACAGAAAAUAUUCGUGCUGAAUUUGAUAAAUUAAUGUCUGAUGUUGAAGAGGCACGUCAAAAACUUUCAAUUCGUGCAACAGCACUUGAAGAACUAUCAAAAUUACAUCGUAUUAUUACAGAUUGGAUUGAUGAAGUUGAGGGAAAAAUACGUCCUGAAGAAACAUAUAAAAAUGAUUUAAGUGAAAAAAGAGUAUUGCUUGAAAAAUACAGAACAGUACAGCGUGAAAUUCAAGGUCAUAGUGAGUCAAUUGAUCGUUUAAAAUCACGUCUUGCUGAAGAUCCAAGUAUUCCAAAGGCACCAUAUGAAAUAACAAUUGCAAAAUAUGAUGAAUUACGUCGUCUUGUUGUUGAAAAAAUAAAUAAUCUUGAGGAUCAAGUUAGAGAACAUGAAAAAUUCCAAAUUGCUCAAAAUGAUGCAGCUGAUUGGGUAAGAAGAAUUAAAGUUGAAAUUCAACAAUACAGUAUGACACAUGGUGAAAAAGAAAAAGUAAUUGAACGUGAAAAAAAAAUUAAUGAAAUAAUAUCAUCAAUACCAAAAGGUGAAUCAUUAAUAUUAAAAGUAAUUGAUUUAAGUGAAUGUGUUAUAUCAUCAUCAGGUUUUGAUGGACAAGAAGCUAUUAAACAAGAAGUUCGAACUUUACAAUUAGACUGGAAAGCAUUACAAGCACAAAGUCAAGAAUCACAAAGAAUAUUAUCAAAUUGUAUAACAAUGUGGUCACAUUUUACAACAGCAAUGGACAGUAUGAAAAUAUGGUUAGAUCAAUUUUCAAAUAAAAUUAAUAAUGAACAAACAAAAGAAAAUAAAACACCAGAAGAUUUAGUACGUUGUAAACAGCUUGUUGAUGAAGCAAUAAGACAAAAACCAAUACUUGAAGAAUUAAAUGAUAAAUGUGAGGCGUUAUUAGAAAUAAGUGCAUGUAGCUGGGCAAGAGAUAAAACAGUAAAUUUACAAUCAACAUAUACAGCAUUGUUAACUGAUGCACAAGGACUUGUAUCAAGAGUUGAAAAAAAUUUAUCUGAUCAUACUGAAUUUUUAAAAGCUAAAAAAGAAAUGGAAGAUUGGCUAUUAACAGCACAUGGAUCUGUUCAAGAUUGUGUUGGUGUUGGUGAUGCAGCAUGGGCAAGUGAUAAACUUGAAACAACACGUGUUGUUGCAACAAGAAUAACUGGUGGUCAACAUUUAUUAACAACAGCACAAAAUGCAUUUGCUAAAGCAAUUAAUACAGCAUUACCUGAACAACAAGAACAAUUAAGAACAGAUAUGUCAUCAAUGAGAUCAAGCUGGGAACAAUUAAGUAUGGAUUUAAAUACAGUUCAAGCUAAAGUUAAAUCAAUUCUCACACGAUGGGAUGAUCAUACUGAAGCUUAUGAGAGAUUUAAAAAAUGGCUAGAUGAUACAGAAAAAUCAUUAAAAUUAUUACCAGAUACCAAGGGUGAAAUUGGUGAAAUGAAAACAUUAUCAGAACGUUAUCGUCAUAUACAAGAAGAAGUUAAAUCUAAAAAAACAGAUUUAGAUCAAUUAAUUGAAGAAUCAAUUGAGUUAUCAUCAUGGGCAAAAGAUAAUAUUACCAAUGAACAAGCAAAUAGUCUUGCAAGUCGUUGGAAAUAUUUAGGUAAUAUUGUUGAUGAACAAAAAGCAUCAAUUGAAAAUGAAAUGCAAGAGUAUAAUACAUAUCACAGUGCUCUUCAAGAAACAGAAAAAUGGCUAUUACAAGUAUCAUUUCAAUUAAUGGCACAUAAUUCAUUAUAUAUUACAAGUAAAGAACAAACACAAGAACAAAUUAAACAACAUAAUUUACUACUUGAUGAUAUUAGAAAAUAUCAGCAUAAUUUAGAUGAUUUAAAGAGUAAAGGACAAAAUCAAAUUGAUCGUUAUUUAUCAGCAAAUUCAACAAUUCAAACAACAAUUCAAACACAAUUACAAAAUGUUCAAGAUAGUUAUAAUUCAUUAUUAAAUACAGCAGUACAAAUUAAAAAUCGUUUAGAUGAAUCAUUAGGAAAAUUCGAUGAAUACGAAAAAACUUUAGAAAGUAUAAUGACAAAUCUUGAUGCUUAUGAGCCUGAUAUUGCACGUGAACUUGAAGCACCAUUGGAUACACUUGAAUCAGCUGAAAAUAGUCUUGAAAGUGCUAGAAAUCUUCAUAAUAAAUUACAAGGUGAAAAAACAAGACUUGCAGCUGCUGUUGAAGCUUGUGAAGCUGCUGCUGCAUGUGUAUCAAGACCUGGUAGUCCACUUGAUGCACCAGCAGUUCAAAUACCAGUUAGAGAAGUUGAAGUUAGAACUCGUCUUGAAGAUCUCAUUGAUCAGAUGCAAACACAUUUGACAAAUGUUGUGAAAGCUGUUGGUGAAUUGGAAGAACAAAAUCGUCAGAAAAAUUCAUUGAGAACAUGGAUAAAUCAACAACGUGCAUUGUGCGCUGAAUGGAAAUCAAGACCAGCAAAAUUACGAUCAGAAGCAGCUCAAGCUGAAUUACAAGCAAUGAAUGAACUUCUUGGAAGUGUUGCUGAACGAAGAUCACGUGCAUUAACUGAAUUUUCACUCAAUCAAAAUGGUCAAGAUGAUGAUAUUGAAGAAGGUCUUGAUAAACUUGAGGUAGAAUUAAUUGAUGCUAUUGCUGAUAAACAAUCAGCACAAGAAUUAAUUCAAAAAUAUAGAGGACAAGUACAAGAUAUACAAAAUUGGUUUGAUGGAUUAUCUAAAAAAGUUAAUGUUAUUGAAAAAGGAAAUGGACUAACAAUUGGACAAAAAAUAUCAGCAGUUAAAGAAAUAAUAACAAAUUUUGAAAUUCAAGGUCCAGAACGUCUUGAUGAAGUUAAAAAUUUAAGUGAUAUGGUUACAGAUUCAGUUAGUAAUUUAGAUUCACAACAAAUUGAAGAACAAAUAAAAUCAGUUGAACGUAGAUAUGCUGAUAUUGGUAAAAAAUUACAAAGAAAAUCACAAGUACUUGAUAUGACUGCACAGGGUAUUGAAUCAACUAGAAAAGAAAUUGAAGAUAAUCGUGAAUGGAUUAAUCAAAAAAAACAACAAGCAAGAGCUAAAGAUUUACUUGGUUUUGAGUGUAAACCAGCUGAGGAUAGAGUACAGUCAUUAAAAGCAAUGUUAAAAGAAACUGAAUCAAAACAAGUUGUCAUUGAUACAUUAGAAAAAAGAGUUGGUAAUAUGCAAAAUGAAUUGGAGACAUCAGAACAACAACAACUUGAAAAUGAUACAAAAUAUUUACGUACUGAACAAGCUGAACUUUGUUCAAUUUUACGUGAAGAAAUAUCUGGUGCAACAGCUGCAGCUGAUGCAAGAAAAAAAUUAGAAUCAGAUCUUGAUCGUGCUAAACUUUGGAUACGUGCCAAGCACAAUGAUUUAAAAAAAUUAAGUGGUUAUUUGCCACUAAGAAGUAGCAAGGUUGAAUAUGAAAUAUCUCAUCAUACUGGACUUGAAACUGAAAUUUUAUCAUUCAAUGAAAAUAAUUUAAAUGACGUUUUAAAACAAGCAAAUACAUUAAUGAGAGAUUGUAAUGAAGAUGAUAAAAUAAAAUUAUCAUUAAUAUUAGAAAAUAUAAAUGAUGAUUAUGAUGCAUUAAAAAAAGAAGCUGCUGAAAAACAAGCAUCACUUGUUGAUUUAUUACAAGGUAGAAAAGCAUUUGAAUCUGAAAUUGAUAAAUGUCAAAGAUGGAUUAAAGAAGCUGAAACAGCAACAUCAUCAGAUGUACGUACAUCAUCUGUUGAUGUAUUACGUGAACAACUUGCAAAAUAUGAUAGACUUAAACAAGAAGCUAAAUUAUUUGGUGAUGAUGUUGAAAAAAUAAUACAACAAGGUAAAUCAAUUUUACCAACAGUUAGUGAUGCUGAUAAAUUAGAAUUAAAUGAUCAGCUAAAAAAUAUGAAAGAUGCACAUAAUAGAGUUGCAAGUAUUAUAAAUGAACGUGCUACAUCAUUACAAAAAAGUAUUGCUGAAGCUGAAGAAGCAGCAGCAAGAGUUGCUGAAGCUGUACAAUUUAUAUCUGAUAUACAAAAAGAAUUAAAUAAUUUAAAUAAACCAAUUGGACCACGUGUUGAGGAUGUUGAAUGUAUGCUACAAGCAUAUGAAAAAAUACUUGAUAAUUUAAAAAAAAAUAAAGAAAAAUUAUCUGAUUUACAAUUGGCAAAUGUUGGUGAUCUUCAUGGUGUUAUUGCACAACAAGAUGAUUUAAUACGUGCACUUGAAACACAAAUAUCAAGACUACGUCAAUUGUUACUUCUUCGUCAACAAUUUUUAUCAUUAAUAACUGAAAUAAUGACAUUUAUAACAAAAUAUACUGAAAUUGUACGUGAUAUUGAAAAACAAGAUGGUACAAUUGAGGAAAAAAUUAAACGUUAUGAUGAUGUUAUAUCAAAAAUACAAGAAUGUGAAGCAACAUUAGCAAGUGCAACUGAUAAAGGACAACAAAUUGCUGAGGAUGGAUCAGCUGUUGAUAGAAAUAAUGUUACUGAACAAUUAGGUUCAUUGAAACAACAACUUCAAAGUUUACGUAGAGCUGUUGAAAUGCAACGUGAACAACAUGAACUUACUGCUGCUGAACAUAAACGUCUUGCUGAUGAAUUAGCUGAAAUACUUGAAUGGCUUGAAAAUAAAGAAAAAGAAGUUAAAACAAGACCACUAUUAGAAAGACCAGCUGAAAGUGUUGAAAUUGAAAUUGAAAAACAUAAAAUAUUAUGUGAAUCAGUUGAUGAAUAUCUUGAUAGAAUUAAAUUAUUAAAAGAAUCAGUUAAACAUGAAGAAGCUAUGCCUGGUUCAUUGAAAGAAAUGUUAAGUGAAGGUGUAUCAUUGUUGAGUUCUUUACCAAGAGAAAUGGAAGAACGUGGAAAUUAUUUAGAUAUUAAUCUUCAAAUGCGUUUAGAGUAUAGUUUACUUACUGAUAAAUUUCACAGUUGGGUACGAGAAGCUGAGAUAAGAUUACAAAAUGACAAAGAUGGUCUCGACUUUGAAAAUAUUGUCAGUGAUCUUGAAGAACACAAGAUUUACUUUAGUGCUGAGUCUUCAAUUCGUGAAUUAGUUUCACAACAAAUUCAACAAGCUGGUGAUAAAAUAUGGCCAUCAUUAAAUAGUGCUGAACAAGAAGAAUUAAGUUUAUCACAACAACAACAUACACAAUUAUUAAAAAAUACAUUAAAUACUGCAAAAUCAUAUCGUGCACAUUUAGAACAAGGUGCUGAAAGUUGGCGUGAUUAUACACAAAUAUUAGAACGUGUUAAAUCUGUAAUAUCACGUAUGAGAUUUACUGAUGAACCAGUUACAACACUUGCUGGUUUACAAUUUAAUAUACAAAAAAUAACUCAUGCAUUGAAUGACAUUAAAAAUCAACAAUUUGAAUUAGAUUUAUUAAAUGAACGUGGUCAUGAAGUACUUGAUAUUGCUGAUGUUAAUAAUAAAAAUACAAUAACAAUACAAUUAGAUAAAUCAAAUUCUGAAUGGCAUGAUUUAGUGUCUGGUUUAGAUGAUAGAAAAAAUACACUUGAAUCACUAUCAAAACACUGGGAAGAUCUUGAGAGUCGUUGGAAUUACGCUGAUACCAAGUUGAAUUCAAUUGAAGAAAGAAGCAAGCUUGUCGACAAUAUUAUUAGAUCAAAACAACAUAUUUUGGACACCAUUAAAUCACUUGAUGAACUUGUUAAUGAAGCUGAAAAAUUACAACCAGUGACUGAUGAGGUCAAAGAACUUUGUGAGCCAAUUCUAACGUAUCUUGGUGCCUUCACAGAAGCACCAGCAAAAAUACUUCAAGAAAAAAUUGAUAAACUUCAGCAGUCGGCAGAAACGCUUGUCAAUUCGCUGAAUUUAAAAUUGGAAAAGGCACAUGAAGAUCUAGCUCUACUUGAACAAGACGAAAAUCAAGUGAAAAUUCAUCAAAAUCAUCUUGAUGGUUUACACAAACGUAUAAGUGUAUUUUAUAUAUUUGGAACUGAUCAAGAUAGUAUUGAAAAUUCAUUGAUAAAUCUACAAGAUAAUUUGUUGAAUCUUGUUGAAAAAAUAAAAAUAUUUUCAAACAACACUAAGGCGCGGUAUCAAGUUAGUCAGCAGUUGGUACCAAGUGAUUUAGCACAACAAUUAACAUCACUUGAAUUAAAUACUGAAAGUUCUGUACAAACAAUGGAAGAAAAACAACGUGAACAAAAACGUGCAAGAACAAUUAGAACUGAUUAUUUAUCAGAUGUUGAUAAUCUACAAACAUGGAUACGUCAAGCUGAAUUAAAAGUACAAGAUAGAUCAGUUGAACCAUUAAAAUUACGUGAAUAUUUACGUCAAAUACAAUCAGAAUUAUCAAAAAUGUCGGAUAAACUUGAUAGAUUAACUAAAAAUGGACAAACAAUAAUUGAUAAUACAAAUGAUGAUAAUGAAAAAGAAUUAAUUAAAAAAACAAUUAUUAAUUUAAAUGAACAAUUUGGACAAGUUAAAUCUUGGCUUGAAGAAAAAAAACAACAAGUUGGUGAUACACUUGAUGCAUGGCAAAGAUUUUUGGUACUUUAUGAAUCAGUAUGUACAUGGACUGAUGAAAAAAAAUUAUUUUUGGAUGAACCAUUAAAAUUAUCAUCACUUGUACAAACAAGACAAAGACUUCAUGAUUAUUCGACUGCUGUCAAGAGUUGUAAACAAGUCAAUAAAAAUCUCAGUGAUAUGGGAAAAGAAUUAGAAGUUAUUGGACAAUUCACAAGUGUUGGUGAUUUGCCUGAAAAACUUGCUCAUGCUGAGGAAGCUAAAGUUGAAGUUGAAGGUCAAUUAUUACAAAGGAAUGCACUUUUACAAGAAAUGAGUGAAGAAUGGGAACAAUGUGAAAAAAAAUUAAAAGAAUCAAAAAGUUGGUUGGAAAAAGCACGUCAACAUUUAGAAUCAGGACAAAAUAAAAAAAAACCAUUAAGAGAUCAACAUGCAAUUAGAGAAAAAAUGUUGAGUGAUAUUACAAUACAAAAAACAAAAAUAUCAAUGUCUGUUGAAAAAUUACAAGUACAUUUUAAAUCUGGUAUUGGUGGUGAUAAUAAAAUCAGUGAUACAGCUGAUGCAUUAAUCACUGAGUUGAAUAAUUUAAAUGAUAUUGUCAAGGAACAAGCAUUGACAUUGGAAAAAUGUUUAACACAAAUUGAUCAAUAUCAACAGGAAAUACAACAAUUGAGACAUCAAAUUGUUCAGGUUGAACAACAAUUGAGGUCUGCAUUGAGCCCAACGUAUCUGCCAAAUGAUCGUGAAAAAGCUAUGCAAGAACAGCAGGCCUUGCAGACAAGAAUCGACAAUUGGCGUCAUCAAUCAAGGCAACUAUUGGAUGAGAUUCAUACAAUCGACCCAUACUAUGUACAACCAAGUGAUCAGAUGACUAUGAAAUAUACUGGUGUUGUAUCAUACGCUGCUAUUGCUGCAGGUCAUUCAAAUCCAGCAUCACGUGGAACGAGUCCUUUUAGAUCACAACCACAUACACCACCUCCAACAACCCCACAACUACAUCGUCCAAUUGGUAUACGUCCUCAGCAGGUACCAAAAAAAUUACCAAAAUCACCAAAAGAACAAGUAGAUAAACAAAAAAAAAUUAAUAAUCAACAAUCAACUGGAAGAAAAGGACGUUCACCAAAUAGAAAAUCAAAAUCUAAAAAAAUAACGCAUGAAAGCUCACCUCAAAUACAAAUAACAACUGAUGUUGAUGCUUCAACACAUGAUGAUAAUAAAAAACAGUCAGAUUUAGCUACAAAAUUGAAUGUUAAAGAUUCAACUAGAAGAUCACCAAGUCCAAUAUGGAAUCCAGGCUCAACAUCAUAUGCAGAAAUACUUAGAAAUCGUGCACAAGCUCAAUUAUCAGAAGUUGAUAUUGAAAAAGAUCCCAGAGAUAUUAUUAACAUACCAAGUGAGUAUGAGCAAAAACAUUAUGAACAAGAAAUUCAAGAACAACAACAACAACAUGUAGAGAUUGUUGAUGCUCCUCAAGUUAUGAGAACUCAAGAAGCAGUUAAUUAUCAAAGAAUGGAAAUUCCAUAUCAAGAUAUGCAAGCACAAGUACAAUUGAGCCAACAACAACCAUCAUUUAUAAAAGAAACUUGGUCAGAUGUUCCAAUUGAAAAUUAUCAAUUAGCUCCACAGCCUGAUAUGUAUACAUUUAUGCCACAAAUACCAGAAUUAGUUGGAUUUAUAAAUACAAAUAUGAGAACAAUGGCUUAUCCAGUUGGUUCAUUUGUUUAUCCACAAGGUCAUCAGCCAGUUACACAGCUUGAUGUUGCUAUGAAUCCAUACGAUGGUCAUAUGGGAUAUAGCAAUGAGCACUAUGUUCCACAGCAAGCUUAUAUGCCAAGUGAUAUUUAUCAACAAGCUGCUAUGCAACAGCAACAGUGUUCUCCAAGUGGUAUUAUUUAUCAACCUGUCAUGAGUCAUAUGCCUGAAAUAUCACAGCAACAAAUACCAAAUCAAAAUAUUCAACAUUUACAAGAAAUUAUUGAACCUGAGCAGGUAAUUAACAAGCCAAUUGUUGAAGAAGAAAAAAUAAUUGUAGAAAAACAACAUGUAAUUGUUGAAGAAAUUAAAAAUAUUGAAGCAGAUAAAGAAGAAGAAAGCCAGGAUAACCAAGGCUCUUCAAUAUCGUAUGCUAAAAUUCUUUCACAAGGUUUGGCAGUACCAACUACACCCUCACCACCGAGUGAACUUGCUACUGAUCGAUCAAGACGAUCACAUUCACCACAUGAAGUCACUCCACCACAAGCAAAACUUGAUAGAUCAGAAAUGACAUUAAUAGCGGAGUCUGAAGUUAUGAAAAAAUCAAAAGACAAUGAUUGGGAUACAAUUAAGAAAAAAGAUAGUAAGAAAAAAAAUCAAGAUGACAAAGGUAAACGUAAUGAACAAACUGGAAAGGAUAAUAAAAAAUUAAAAAAUAAAAAUGAAAAAUCUAAUGAAAAUAAUAAAAUUGUUAAAGAUAAUAAUGAUGAAAAAAAUUUAACUCAAGUUGUUGAUAAAAAAGAAAAAAAAUUACAAGAUAAAAAAAAUGAUAAUGAAGUUGUAGAAAUUGUUGAUGAACAAAAAAAUAAAAAGAAACAAAAGAAAAAUAAAAAUAAUAAUAAAAAUCAAGAUGAUGAUAUUGACAAGGCACUUAAAGAAAUUGAAGAACUUGAAAAACAAAAAAAUAAAGUAAAAGGAAAAGAAAACAAGCAAGUUGAUAAAAAUAAUAAAGAAAUUAUUGAAGAAAUUUCCAAGAUAGAUAAUAAAAUAUCAAAGAAACAAAAUAAAGAAAAAGUUGAAGUGGUAAAAAAAGAAUCAGUUGAUGAUAAAAGUAAAAAAUCACCAGAAAAAAUAAUUGAAGUACCAAAGGUACAAGAGACAAUAAAAUCUGAGACAAAACCAGAACAAAAAUCUAAAAAACAAAAGAAAAAUAAACAGGUAGUAGAACAAAUUGUUGAUAAAUCGAUAGAAAUUAAAGUCGAUGAGACAAAGGAAUUAAAAGAAACAAAUAAAAUAAUUCCUAUUGAAAAACCAACUGAAAAUUUAACUGAUAAUUCAACAAAGACAAAAAAUAAUUCAAAGUCAAAGAAACAGCUCAAGGAAAAAAUUGUUGAACAGGUAAUUGAAAAGCCAAUUGAAAAAUCAAAUCAAGUUGAUAAAAUAACAGCUCCAAUUGAAGAGCCAAAAGCAUUGAUUGAUAAAAAAGAAAAUAUAGAAAAUAAAGAUAAUGUAGAAAUAAAAAAUGAUGAGUCUAAAAAAGAUGCAAAACAAAAUAAAAAAUCAAAGAAACAGGCUAAAGAUAAAAUUGUAAUUGAAAAAGAAAAAAUAGCAGUUGAUGUUGCUAAAAAACCAGAUGUAGAACAGCCAUCUGAAGUAAAAAAAAUAGUUGAAGAAAAAAUUGAACAGUCGAUUGAAAAAUUACCUCAAAAGAUUGAGGCGACGGCAGUGGUACCAGUUGAUGAGUCUAAAAAAUCAGAUGUUAAAAAACAACAAACAAAAGGAAAUAAAAAAGGAAAAGAAAAAAUAAUUGAUAGUCCAGUUAUUAAAUCUCAAGUUGAUGUACCAAUUGACGUGGCUAAAUUAGAUUUAAAAGAAAAAGACAAUAUUGAACAAGAAAUUAAAAUAUCAGCUGUUGAAAAACCUGUUGAAAUAUCACAGGUGUCUGAUGGAAAACAAAAAUCAAAAAAACAAAACAAGAAAAAUCCUGUUGAACAAGUUGUAGUAAAAUCAGAUGAACCUGAUACAAAAGAGCCAAUAAAAAUUAUUGAAUCUUUGCCUAAACAAUUGCCAACUAAGACAGUUGAAAAAUCAGAUUCAAAACAAAUGCCAAAACAAAAAGCAGAGGAAAAAGAAAAAAUUAAUGUGGAACAAAUUAAAAAAUCUGCUGAAAUUCAAGAGCCACAAAAAUCAAACUCACAACAAGUUUCUAAAUCUAAAAAAGAAAACAAAGAAAAAUUAAUUGAAAAAAUAGAAACUGAAAAACCAAAAGAAAUUUCUGUGGAGGAAAUAAAAAAAUUAGAUACAAAAGAAAAGUCACAAGAAAAAAAAAUACAGAAAAAAGAAGAUAAACCAGUUGAAGAUUUAUCAAUAAAAAAAUCAGUUGAAGUACCUGUUCAAGACAAUAAAAAAUUGGCGACAGAAGAAAAACAAAAAUCAAAAAAACAACAAAAAGAUAAAGCCAAUGUUCAACAACAAAGUGAAAAGACAAUUGAAAAAACAGCUGAAAAAAUUGAAGCAGAUAUUAAAACACCAGCUUUGGAAACUAUUUCAAAUGCUCCUAAAAAGUUAGACAAGUCUGAUAAAAAAGAGACACCUGAACCAAUUGAAAAAAAAUCACCUGAAAUAUCUGACAAAAAAUCUGAAAAAUCUGUUGGUAAAAUUGCUGUUGCGGUUAAAGAAGAUAAAAUAUCAGAAAAUAAAUCCACUGAUAAACCGAUAGCUGAAAUUCCAAUUGAAAAAAUUGUAAAAUCAGAAGUAAAACCUGCUGAUGAGCCAAAAAAACCUGCUGAAAAAAUAAUUGAAAAACCAGUUGAAAAAAUAACUGAAAAAUCUGAUGAAAAAUCAAUUGAAAAACCUGCUGAAAAAAUAACUGACAAACCUGCUGAAAAAAUAAUUGAAAAAGUAAUUGAAAAACCUGCUGAUAAACCAGUUCCAAUAUUACAAAAAGCAAAAUCAUUUAUAAGAUCUAAAAAUCAAAGUCCAGAAAAAAUAAUUGUUGAAAAAAUAGCACCAACAUAUGUUGUUGAAACAAUGGAAGUUAAACCAAAAGAAAAUUCUCCUAAAAGAACAAUUGCCAAAGCAAAAACUCUUGCGAAAAUUGAUUUAACGCCAACAAAAUCAUGCUCAUCAAAUGAAAAUGCCAAAAUUAUUGAAGCCAAAAAAAUUGAUGAUAAAAAACAAAAUGAAUUAGCAAAAAAAUGUUCAAAAGAUGAUAUUCAAAAACCACAUAGUUCAAUGUUAAUAAAUUGUCCUCCAGGUAAAGCAGUUAUUAUUGAAAAAAAAAUAACAACUGUUACAACAACAAGAAGUGGAACUGAUGAAAUAAGUCCACCUGCUGUUAAAUCAACAACAUCAGUUGAAAUAUUGGAAAAUGUUACACUGCCAAAAACUACAAAAGAUGAACUUGUUGCAUUACGUCCAGCUAAUGUAGAGGCCAGUUUAACAACAACAUACGCUAUGAUUGGCACUGAGCCAGUAGACAUUUCAAUUGCUCAGUCAUCAUUACAAAUAAAUGAAAAAAAUUUAAACCAAGUCGUUGAAAAUGAAUCCAAAGUAAAGCCAAUGUCAAUUGAUAAAACAGCUUCAAAAGAAACUGGUCAAGCAAUAAUUUCUUCGUCCCCAGAAAUGAUUGUUGAAGGUGGUGAUAAUGCUCCCUUGUUCGGUAGUGUACAGGAUAGAAAAAAAACUCGCGUAACAAAAACCGAUAAUUUGUCUGUUAUUAAUGUUAGUCAGGUAAAAGAACCAGAAAAAAAAGAAGAGGUUGUGUCGGUUGAGGAUGAAGCUAUGAUGAAGGCCAUGGCAGAUAAAAUGAAAAAGAAGAAGAAGCGACCAGCUUUGCCUUUGUCUGAUGAUUUUUUUGUCACUGAGCCCAAAAAAAUAUCUAAAGAAUGUGUUGAUGUAAAAUUACCAGUUGAAAAAGUAGAAGAUAAAAAAAUUUCUGCUUCAGUGGAGAUAAAGAGUCCAAGUGAAGAAAUUAUCAUAAAAGAAUCUGAAAAAAUAACUGAAGAGUGUGCUGAAUUAUUGAAUGAGACUAAAAAAUUAAUAGAGGAUAAAGUUGAAAUUAAAAAUACAAUAAAAAAUAAGGGUGAUGUUGAAAAUAAAAUUGAAGAAAAAUUAGAAGGUAAAGAUGAAGGUUUACAGGCAGUUUCAGAAGAUCUUGUUCGUCCUUAUUACCUGGACUAUCAUCAGUACUCUGAGGCUGAAAAUCAAUUCCACGAAAAUUUCAAGGUUGUUCAAGUUUUAGAAGAGCCUCGUGCUCCUCCACAGUCAGAACCACGUCCAAGAUCGAGUAGCAUUGGAAGGAUUAUUCAGGAAUCAAAAAUGAAGCCAAAAGAAAUUGUUGAAGAAACAAAAAAAAUUCAUUUAGUUGCUGAUGAUGAUUGGAUGAGUAUUUUGGAUGAGCCAAUGUCGAUUGAUGAUGAUUUUGAUGAUGAUGAGCCUCUUGUAAAAAAAUCAAAUGACAAUGUUGAUAAAAAGGGUGUUGAAAAAUUAAACAAAAAAUUACCAGUUGACAAAUCUAUUGAAAAAUCAAAAGAAGAUGAUGUUAAAAAAUUAGAAAAGCAAGAAAUUGAACAAAAUAAAAAAACAACAACUGAAAUUACAAAAUCACAGGAAAAAUCUAAAGAUAAUUCUCAAAAGAAAAAAGAAAAAACACAAAAAGAUUCAUCAUCUUCUUCAAAACAACUUGUAGAAAAAUUAGAUGAUAAAAUAAUUGAAAAACCAGCUGAAAAAUUAAUUGAAAAGCCAGUUGAUAAAGAAAUAAAAAAACCAGUUGAAAAAGAAAUUAAAAAAUCGACUGAAAAAUUAAUUGAAAAGCCAGUUGAUGAAGAAAUUAAAAAACCAGUCGAAAAAAUAAUUGAAAAACCAGCUGAAAAAUUAAUUGAAAAGCCCAUUGAUAAAGAAAUUAAAAAACCAGCUGAAAAAAUAAAUAAAAAACAAUCGGAAAAAGAAAUUAAAAAACUUGAUGAAAAAAUAAUUGAAAAACAAGCUGAAAAAUUGAUUGAAAAGCCAGUUGAUAAAGAAAUAAUUAAACCUGAAGAAAAAAUAAUUGAAAAAGAAAUGAAAAAAUCAGCUGAAAAAAUAAAUAAAAAACAAUUAGAAAAAGAAAUUAAAAAACCUGAUGAAAAACCUGUUGAAAAAGAAAUUAAAAAGUCAGCUGAAAAAUUGAUUGAACAACCAGUAGAAAAAGAAAUUAAAAAAGAAGAUAAAAAAAUAAUUGAAAAGCCAAUUGCAAAAGAAGCUAAAAAAACUGAUGAAAAAAUAAUUAAUAAGCCAGUUGAAAAAGAAAAUAAAAAUAUCAAAGAAGUACCUGCUGGAAAUUCUAAAAAACAAGAUGAAAAACUUGUAAAAACUGAACCAAUUGAAAAGCCAAAACAAGAGCCUUCUAAAAAAGCAGGAAAAAAAGAUAAAAAAUCAGCUGCUCCAAAUGCCAAAUCUUCAACACCAGCAACAGUCAGUGUCACUACUGAACAAACUGAACAAGUAGCAUGCACAAGAUCAAGUCCAACUUCCUCUGAAGCAGAUAGUCUCAAUCCUGGUAAUAAAUCAUACGCACAAGUUGCUAAAUCUCGAAGUCCAUCUCCUCAAGAAGAAGAAGAAAUAGUUAUUUGUAAGCCAAAACCCAUUAAACAAUCUCAAGAUAAAAAUAAACAAAAAACAUCCUCAGCAAGUUCAAUGAUAAAUAAAAAAGAAAAGUCAAAUGUUGAUAAAAAAAGUGAUAAAUCAAUUGAUGAGGUUGACUUUGCACCUUCAAAAAUUCCAGCGCCAGUAAUCGUUGAAGAUGCUGGUAAAUUAGAUCCAGAAGGAAUUUCUUGGGCUACAGUUACUGCCAAGAAACUAUCAGAAACACUUGAACCAGUUGUUAAAACUAUAGAUAAAAAACCACCAGCACAUCCUGGUUCAAUUAACAAUGUUCAAAUAAUUGUUGAAGAAGUAUCUCAUCCAGAACCUAUUGAGAAUGUUGUACAGGUUGAUGAACAAGGUUUUAUAGAAUAUGUCAAUCGACGAGAAUUACGAAGUCGUAGAUCCAGAUCACGUUCAAGAAGUGUUAGACGUGAUGUUCAAAUCCCUUCUCAAACUACUGGUACUUCGAAUGACAAAAAUCAACAAGAUAAAAUACAAAAAAAUAUUCAAAUUAAAAAUGAACCAGUUGAAAUUGCAACUGACAAUGAAAAACAACAAAAAAAUUCUAAUUCAAAAAAAGAACAAGAGACUCCAGUUGAUGUAUCAAAACCAGACAAAGCAAAACAAGAUAAGAAAAAAAAGAAACAAAAAGAUAAUAAAAAACCUGAACAAGAAAAAAUUAUUACAGAAAUAAAAUUAGAUGAGAAUGUAAAACCUGAGAUAAAAGAAAUACCAAAAGACACAAAUGUUACUGGUAAAAAUAAUAAUAAAAAUAAUAAUAAAUCAACAAAACCUAAAGCUGAAAUAAAAAUAGAAAAUAUUGAAAAUCCUAUCGAAGCUGGUACCUCAACAGAAAAAAAAAUUGAUGAGCCCAAAGUAGAAAUAAAAGAUACAUCAAAAGAAAAAAUUACUCAAGAUAAAAAGAAAAAUAAAAAAGAUAAUAAUAAAAAAACUGACAAUGAUAAAGUUCCUGUUGUUAUUAAAGAUGAAAAGGUUACUGAAAAAAUUGACAUUAAAAAAGAGGAUGUAGAAAUAAAACCCAUUGAAUUAGUAAAGGAAAAAAGCCAAGCAAAAAAUAAAUCUAAAAAUGAUAAAUCAAAGAAAAAUCAAAAUACUCCAAUUGUCGAUGAUAAACAAAAUACUGAGUCAGUUAAAAAUCAAAAAUCAAUGUCUAAAAAAGAAGAACCAAUAGUGGCUGCAGAAGAAUCAAAAAAUAAAUCAAAAGACCAAGCGAAAGUUAAAGAAAUUAUCACUGUACCAAUAAUUGAACAACAAAAACAAGCUGAGUCUGAUAAAGUAGUACCAGUUGAAGUAAAAAAAUCCCAAUCAAUUAUUGAAACAAAACCUGAAUGUACAACAAACAAAUUUAAAGUUGAACGAGUUGAACAAGAUAAAAAAAUUGAUGAGCCAGCAACUCCAGAAGAUUUAAAAGAUGCUGAAUUUUGUGUAAUUAGGUUGGAUUCAAAUUCAAUAACCCAACCAGAACCUACUCAAGAUUGUCCCUUGCUUCAAGACAUGGUAAUAAUUCCUCCAGUAUCUCCAGAAAAAAUAAAAUCCGAAGAGCUACCUGUUUUUGAACAAAGACCCUUGCCAAAAGCAAAAGCAUCAAGUGAUUUAUCAGCACAAUCUGACAAUUCACCAGUUGAAAUAUGUGAUACAUCAACAUCAAAAGUACAAUUUUACAUUGAUGAAGAUGACAUUGUUGUUGUAAGUCACACAACAAAUCCUGAAGAGUUAGAUAACGAAGAAGAUAGCUGUCAUUUUAUGUCACUCGAUGAUUUCUGGACUGAUAAAAAUUCAUAUCAUAAUGCAGAACGUGAAUAUUUCGAAAAUAUAUCAUCAAAAAAUAAAGAAAAGGUUCAAAAAUUAAAUAAAUCUUAUUCUCAUGAUGAUAAUAAUGAUAAUUCUGGUGGUGGUGGUGGUAGUAAUAAUAAUGGUGGUGGUGGAUCAAAUGAUCCUUCAACUAAUCAAUCACGCGAUUUAUCAUCAGCCCCACAUACUGAACGCCUUGUUGGUGAUUUACCUGGUGGCAUGUGUUCAUGGAAUGACUAUAGUACAUAUUUAUCACUCGAAAAAAAAUAUAAACCGGUUAAUAUUAAUAGUAUUUCAAAUUUAGAUAAUUAUAAUAACACUAUCAUUGAUAAAUCAUCUACAUCAUUAUUAACACAAUCCUUUGACAAUACCCAUCCACAAUCAAAACAGGAUUUAGGUCAUGAAAAUGAGGACCAGAUGAACACAACAUUGGAAAGAGAAAUGACAAUCAAUGAAGAUUUUGGAAACCGGUACAAGGAAUUUUUGGGCAAUGAUAUUGAUAAAUUACGUCAAUCAGUUAAUAAAUUAGAAGAGUCAUUAAAUUCUAUACCUGAGGACAGUAUUGAUACUAUGCUAACAGCAAUAACGACAAUCUUGAAGUCACUUCGUAAAUUUGAUAAACAAGCUACAAAUCUCAAUGAAAAAAUAACAAAAAUUUCGCCAAAUGAACAACGUUUGUCAUCAUCACUUGAUGGAAUUCGUGUGAGAAUUACUGAGCUUAUUGGACAAUCAGAACAGGGUAAAUCAGCACUUAAAAUGGCAAAAGAAAUUUAUCAAAAACGUGAAAAUGAAAUAAUGACUUAUCAAAAGUUUUUGGAAGAAACUGAUGUUUGGUUACAAAAUUUAAUUUCAUCAAUAAAUCAACAACACACCAUAGAAUCAUACAAGGCUUUACAGGAGGAUUUAUCAAGAAGAACAAUUAAAGUUAGUGAAUUGGAAUCAUUACCAGAAGUCAAUGGUCUUGCUGGAAAACUUAAAGAUGCACUUGUUGAAACAACAUUGAGAAUAAAACAAAAGCAGCAGGAAUUGGAGGAGCAAGUAUUAUCAUCUGAAACAACUGAUGACUUACAGGAUGACAUGACCCUUGACCAAGCUCCCUCAAUCCAUUCAAAUGAUGGUGAUUCACUUUCAUGGGCAGAUGUUUCAUUACAAACUGGUCAAAGUUUAAUAACAGAUAAAAAACCAGUACAAUUAACAAAAUCAACUUCAAUGAUUAAUCAAGAAUCCCCAAUUACAAUAUCACAUUCAAUACCAAUACAAACAUCAACAAUGGAACCCUCAACAUCACAAGAAACAAUUAAUAUUCGUAAAUCCACAAAUGAUACACAUGAUGUCAUUGAAAUAUCAACUAAAAAUAUACCAUCAUCAAAAUUAACUCAAACAUUUAUUGAUAAUGAAAAAAAAUUAUCAUAUUCUGAUGAUAUUGUUGUUGAUAUGAAUUAUAAAGAUGCUAAAUUUCAAGAAAAUUCAAUGUCUGAAUUAAAUAUUCAACAUGCAGCGCCACAAUCAUUUGAAACUAUUUUAGUUGAACCUGAUGAUGUAACAACUGAAAUUGUCGUUGAUGCUGAUGGUACAAAGCGUAUUAUUGUUAAAAAAUUACGUAAAACAUUAAUGACAAGUAGUCAAAUAACACAACAUCAUCAAUCAUUAGUAUCAACUGUAGCUGGUGAUGAUUUACCAGUUGUACAAUCAUUUUCUGAAGCAACAUUAAAAGGACAACAAGUUACUGUAACUCGUACAAGACCAGAUGGUUCUUUAGAAACUACAACAAAACAAAGCUAUGGUGGUAAGGUAAUAACUGGUACUUCAGAUGAUAAUUUGCAUGUUGAAGAAUUUAAUUCAGCUCCUCAAUAUUCUCAUCAAGUUAUUCAAGGUGAAUUAUCAUUAGAACCAGAAACUAUGGAACAAAAUAAUGAAUUGGCAAUUCAAGAAGGUGGAUAUACAAGUCAAACAUCAACUGUUCAUGCAAUGGUACAACAAGUGACUCGUCGUGUGAUUAAAAGAACUAGAAAAAUUAUUAGAAAAAUAACAAUAAUUGAUGGAAAAGAAACAGUUACUGAGGAGAUUGUUGAAGAGCCUGAAGACAUUGAAAUUGAUAAUGAAAGUAUUCCUCAUAUUAGUAUUAAUGUUUUAAAACAACAAGAACAGCAUCAACAUUUAUCUGAAAAAUUAGAUGAACCACAAACAUCUAAAGAACCAAUUAGUCCACUUCAAGGACCAUUUUUUGGUGCUGAUGCUCGAGAACUUACACCGGAGAGUAUUCAUGAAGAAUUGCCAAUACAAGAGGAAAAUAAAAAUGACAAUGAUGAGGUAACUUUUACACCGGGUGAUGCGAUUGAUGGAUUGAGGGAAGAUGAACAGAUCGAGCCAACAACAAGCCAGACUGAUGUACUGGAUACCAAGGAUAUUUGUAAGUCAGUCGAUGCACCAGUAAAAAAAGAAACACCUGAUAUAUUUGUAGAAAGUGGCACGUUAGUUGUAGAACAGCACACUGAUUAUACUGGCACUUUAGAGUCGGCUAUUAAUAAAGCUAAAAUGACUCCUGUUGUCCUAGAAGAACAACAGCGAAUUGCUGAUGAUACCAGGACUGAUGAUGAAGAUAAAAAAUCAAUUUCAACAACUAAAAAAAUUAAUCAAAUAUCUUUAAUGUCGAUGGCAGAAAAUCAAACUGUUGAAGCAGCUCAAUCAACGUCAAAUGUUUCUCAAGAUCUACAAUUAAAACAAGGGCUUGAAGAAGAAUUUAAAAAUAUUAUUGACAAAAAUUUAGACAAAGAAAUCAAGCCAGUUAAUGAAAAAAUAGAAAUUUCUUUAUCAAUUCAAGAUUUAAAUAAAGAAAAAAUUCCUUCAGUUGGUGUUGAUAUAAUUUCUGAACGUACUGAUGAUAUUUGUAAAAUUGUUAAAGAAUCAAUUGAUAUUGAAUUACCAGCAACAAGUACAAUUGUCGAAGAAAUACCAAAAAAAAUUGAAACCAUUGAUUUAUCAGAUAAAAGUGAUUCUGAAACUACAUCAAGUAGAAAACAUAAAAAAAAGAAAAAACGUAAAAAUUCAGAAGCAUCACCAGGUACUUCUGUGACAACGACAAUUGCUGAAUCAACUGAAAUAAAUUUACCACAAUCAGAUUCAUUGAAACAAUUAAGUGAACAACCACAAGCAGAUGUUUUAGAAAUAACAGAAGCAUCACUAAGUUUAUCAAGUCCUCAUGAAGAAAUUCAAGAGACAGGCUAUGAGCCAGAUGACAGAACAACAGUUGAUGAUGAAGUUUCUUUAACACAAGAUGAUAUUGAAUUGAGUAAGAAAAAAAAGAAGAAAAAGAAAACUAAAAAAUCUAAAAUUGAGGGAGUUGCUGAUGAUAUUGUACACGAUGAUUCAUCUGAAAAUUCAAUAUCAAAUAAAAAUGAUGAUAAAUUAAUGAAAAAUAAAAAAGAAUUAAAUGAAAUUGAAACACAAACAAUUUUAGAAACACGUGAUGUCUCAGCUGGUGCUGUUGAACCAGAAGAAUUAAAAAUUGAAAAAGAAAUUAAUCAACCAGAGCAAAAAAAUCGUGAAAAAGAUAUUGAUACUGAGGUACAAACAUCACCAACACCAGUACUACAUUUAGCAGUUCAAACAAUUGAUAUUAUUUCACCAGAAAAAGAUGUAUGUUCAGUGCAAACAAUGACACCUGAAAAAACACCAAGAGAAGAAGAAAGUAUACAAACAAGUCCUAUCGAAAUUAUGACAAUAAAAGAAACAGAUAUAAUUGGUACACAGACAUCACCAAUUGAUGAUGAUGAUAGAGUAAUUAAUACAACAGAAAUUGAAACUCAAACAAUUAAAAUAAUUGAAACAACACAAGAUGCAGAACAACAAACAUCACCUGAGCCACAAAUUGAAAAAACUAUACAUGAAGAAAUUGGAAUGCAAACAAUAACACCAGAUAUAAUUGAAAAAACUGAAAUUGAAAUACAAACAAGUAAACCAACAACUCCAGAAGCACCAGAAAUUGAUAAUACAGAAGUACAAACUGAUAUAAUAGAUAAUAUUAUUGUUGAAACCAUGGAAACACAAACUGACCCAGAUGAAAUAAUAACUCGCGUGUCAACUGAAGAAAUUGAAAUUCAAACAAAUAGUCCAGAGCCAAUGAUUGAAGCAGUUGCACAAACAACACCAAUACAACAAGAUGUAUUAUUAAAUGAUAAUAAAAUAACAACUGAACAAGAAGUACAAACAAUUUCUCCAAUUAUCAAAGAAACACUUGAUGAAAAUGUUCAAAGUAUUCAAGAAGAAUUGAUACCAACACAUGAAGAAAGUGUACAAAUUAUACCAGAUACAAUUGAACACAGUCAACAAACAUUAGAAAUAACAGAUCAAAAAAUUGAUGAUAUCAAAAUAAUAGAAAUAAAAAAUGAUGAAUCAAUAAUGAAUUCUGAUGAUGAAAAAAUUAAUUUAAAUAAAACUGUAGAGGAAAUAAUUACACCAAUCACUGAAGAUAAUGUAAAAUUAGAAAAUGAAAAAUUAUUAAAAUCUGAAAUGGAAAAAAAAUCAAUGACUCCUAGUUUUACAGAGCAAGAAUAUGAUGAUGAUGAUACGUCUUUAGAAAUUCAUGUACAUGCAACAUUUGAAUUGUCAGACAGUGUCACGACAGAUUCAUCAAUAAUACCAAGUGAAUCGAUUGACUCAAGUUACGAUACUACACUGACACAAGAAAUUCAUGAACCAACAACAAGCAGUAGUAGCAAAUCACGUAAACAUUCAAAGAAAAAAAAUAAUAAAAAGCUAUUUGAUAAUAAAAAAAAUAUAUCACCACAAAAUAAUGAGUUGGAAUUUGUUUAUGAUAAAUCAAUUGACUCCAGGGAUUCAUUGGUUAAAUUAUCCUACUCUGAUGUUGCAAGAAAAAAUACUCAGCCAUUGUUAGGUAAUGAAAAUGAUAAUGCUGUUGUUGAAAGAGCUGGCAGAGACAUGGAAGUCACUAAAUUUGAAGAGUAUAAAAAAAAUGAUAAGCAUAGUCAACAAGCUGGUUUGAAAGUAACAUUUGAAGAAAAUGAAAGAAGAGAAAAUUUAAAAAUUCAAGAAACUUUAGUUGCUGCUGGUUCAAGUGGAGAGACUGAGGUGCAUGUAUCAGUAGAAAUUAAAGAUUACAAUCAACAACCAGAACUUGUAAUUAAAAAAAAUCCAGAACCAGUUGAUACCUUGAAUGAGCCAUUGUUAAAUGUUGAAAAUAAAACUGGUAAACUUGUCGAAAAAAUUGGACUAACAAAACUAAUGUCUGAACGUUUGAAAAAUCUUGAAAAUUCAAAUAAAACUAAUAGCCUAUUUAAUAUUCUUCAUUUAUCAAUGCUAGAAAAUAUUUCAAGCCUAAAUGCAAAUGAUAAUCGCAUGGAGGAUAUUAAAAAAGAAUUAAAUUGCUUGAAAAAUGCUGUUGAACAACAAAAUAUUAUUGCUAUUGAAGAAACAUUAAUAACAAUUGUCGAAAAUAUAACAACUUGGCUUGAGACAAUUGAGUAUAAAAUAUUUGUAAGUAAAGAUUCAUCAAGUGGUCCAUCAUAUCAAGACAGUUUAACACUUGUAGAUGUUAAAAAUGAAAUUUUAAAUAUUAAUAAUAGCAUUCAAGAGUUGGAUGAUAUUUGUCAAAAUGUUGAGACAAUUUAUCCAGAAGAUGAUCAAGAAAGAAUACGUGAAUGUAUGAAAGCACUUGAGUAUCAAGUUAAAACAAUUGAAAAUAUUGUAGUUGAAGAAGAAAAUAAUACAAAUAUUGAACUUACAAAAUGGAAUGAAUUUUUAAAUGAAAUAAAUACAGUUGUCAGACUUGUACAAGAACAAAAAAGCUACUUUGAAAUGAUAAUACAAAAUGAAUCAUCAACAAUUUGGAAAAUUGAAGAAUUAGAAAAAAUUGAAAGCACAAAUCGUUGUCAUGUAUGGAAAAUAAAUAAUUUAUUAGAAACAUCAAAAUAUAUAUUACUUGAUUAUCCAGGUAAAAAAAUACCAGAUGAUAUUUAUAAUUCAUAUGACAUCACACAAACAAUUGAGCAUAAUAUUAAUAUUGAAAGAGAAAAAUUAUUACAAUUAUUAUCACUUGCUGAAGAGUAUGAACAAACAUUAAAAGAAUUUGAACAAAUAACUUAUAUUGCUGAUGAUUUAUUAUCAAAUCCAAUAUCAAUUGUUAGCUUGGAACAUUUACAAGAAGAAAUACAAAAACAUAGAAAAUUUUUUGUUAAUUUAAGUCAUUGUCAAGCAAUUCUAGAAUCACUUGAGGAUAAUUUAGAUCUAGAGACAAAAAUUAAAUACUCAAAUUUGCAUGAAAAAUUGCAUGAAAAAUCAAGUACAUUGUUAGACUCAGCUGCUGCAAGAUCACAACAAAUGUCUCUUGCUGCAUCAAGAUGGAUGACACUUGAACAAAGUAUUAAAGAAGAACGUGGAUGGCUUCAAGUUGCUCAUCAAAGAAUUCCUGAUCUUGAAAGUGUUACUUCAUCUGAUUACAAUCAAUACAUAUCACUCUAUCAGAUAUUAUCAUCAGACAUUUCAACUCAUCAUGAUCGUCUUAUACAACUUUUAAACAUAUCAAAUGGACUACAAGAACUCAUUAAAAUUGAAGACUCAGAAGAUUGUUAUACUGAAGCACUUGAUGCAAUUUUAAUACUUCAAGAUAAUGUUGAUUCAUCACUUAGAUAUUUAUUAUCAUUUAAAGAUUAUUGGUGUACACGUGAAAUACUUGUUAAUCGUAUUGAUAAUUGGAUGGCAAGAGCUGAGAGAGAACUUGGAUCAGUACAAAAUCAUUGGCAAGGACAAAUGCGUCAAUUCUGGGAAUUAAAAGCACAGUAUGAAGUUCAUAAUAAUAUGCGUAAUGAGGCAAAUAUAUGUUUUGAACAAUCAUUAAGAAUAAUACCAUUAUCUGAUGAAAUGUUACAAAGACAAUAUCAAGGUGAACUUGAAGAAAGAUGGCAUGGUAUAUCAAAUAAAAUAAAAACAAUUCAAAAAUUAGCAAUUGAUACAUUGUCAUGUGAAAAUAUACCAGUUAAUGAAAAACUUGAACUACUUGAACGUGAAUUAAAUGAAUUACGUAAAACAAUUGAUAGUUUUCAUGGUGUAUUAAAAACCGAGGAUGAAUUAGAAUUAUAUGUUGAAAGAUUAACAAUAAUGUAUGAAAGAGUAUCAAUUAUUGAAAAUGAAUUAGGUAGACUUGGUAUGUUACCAUUAGCUGAGAGUGAACGUGUUGGUAUACUUUUAUCAUUGGGAAGAAGAAUUGAAUGUCAAAUAAAUGAAGAACUUGAUUUAUCAAAAUUACUACGUGAACGUUUACAAAUAUUACAACGUGGAUUAAAAAAAAUUAAUAAAUCACAUGAUAAAGAAAAGUUGAUACUUGAUCAAUGUGAAAAUGCUGAAAAACAAUCAAGUGAUAUUGUUUCUGGUGCUGUUGAUAAAUGUCAACAAGUGUCUGAUGAAUUAUCAAUAAUAUGGAAAGACAUAAUGGGUCUUCGUCAAUUACUUCAUACACUACCUGGUGGUAUGAGAGUAUCAGUAUCACCAAUUGGUAUUGAAAGAGAUAUAUCAAGCCUACAAGAUGUACAUACUGAUUUAGAAUCAAGAUGUACUCGUAUAUUAUCAAUAUUAAAAAAUCGUUUAUUACUUUGGCGAAGAUUUGAAAGACAACUUGAACUUGUACAACAAUCUGUACAAGAAGCUGAUUAUAUGAUGGAACUAUUGACUGUUCAGGGAUCUGUUGAUUAUGAUAGAUUACUCAAGGCCACUGAAAGACUCGAGGGAUUGAAUGGUUCACUUGGUGCCCAAGAAGUACUUGUUGAUGAAUUACGUGAAGCUGCUGAGCCAUUACGUGAAUCUUGUACACCAGAAGUUGGAAAAAUUGUUGAUGCUGCUGUUGAUGAAGCUGUUCAAGCUUGGCAAGAUACACGAGCUGAAUUAGAUGAACUUUGUACAAAAUAUCAACACGCUGUUAGACUUUGGGAAAAUUAUCGUGAUUCAAGUGCAGCUGUUAAAGCCUGGGUUGAUUUGCAAAUGGGAAGUGUCACAAAUUUACCACCUGAGGAAGCCUGUAAACAAGUCAAGGUGUGUGAAGAAACUCUUGCUGAGCAUAAAGAACGUCUUGCAAAAUUACGUUGUCUUGUAUCACAAAUUGCAUCAGAUGUUGGUCUAGAUGCUGGUGGACCACUUCAAUGUGAAGUUGAAGCACUUGGACGUCGUCUUGAAGAUGUACGUGAGACACUGUCAACUCUUGCUGAUACAGCAGAUGCACGUGCUCUCAAUCAAGAACUCACACGUGGUGGUUUACAUCAAACAAAAAAUUUCUUGGACUCUGUACAACAGAGUCUUUCAACAGUCGGCCAAGGAGAAUCUAAAGAACAAUUGAAAUUAUUAAGAAAUCAUUUAUUAGCAUUAACUAAAACAGAGCCACAACUUCAAUCAAUAAAAGAACGUUCAGUUGAAAUAAUAACAGAAGAUACAACAGUUGUUGAAGUAUUACAACUUUGGCAACGUGUAUUUCGUGAUACAUUUCAACAAUAUCAUAGAUUAUCAACACGUCUUGUUAGAUCUGAAGAUGUAUCAGCUGCUUUACAUCUUUGGCAUGAAUAUUUAAUAAAUGUACAAGACUUUUUAUCAAAUGGUGUACCUGGUGAUUAUAAUGGUCUUUCUGAGCAUAGAAAUAUAUGUGAAGUACAUAAAAAUCUUUUAACUGAUCAACAACAUUUAAUAUUAUCAAUACGUGCUGAAAAAGGAAGAGAUUUAUUAGUUGCUGAAAAAUUUAAUGAAUUAACAAAUAUUCAUAAUGAAACAUUAUUAAAAAUAAUGGAUAGACAUGGAUCAGUUAGAAAUAGACUUGAUUUAUGGGAUAAAUAUCGUAAAGAUCAAAAUAAAUUAUUAACAUGGCUUAAAGAUAUUGAACGUGAAAGAAGUAGAUUACAAUUACGUUUUAUACAUUUACGUAGACUUGAUAAAAUAAUUAAUAAAAUUGAUAUGUUAUUAGAUAAAUUACCAAUUGGUGAAAUACAAAUUGAUUCAUUAUCACAACAACAAAAAAUAUUAUUAGCUGAUUGUGAAGAAGCAUUAGCAAUAUCAAUACGUAUGGAACAUGCUGCAAAUACUCAAAGAAUAACAAAUUUACGUGCAAGUCUUGAAACAUGGAAAAAAUUUGUAUUUAGAAUUAAAAAUUUAAAUAUUAAACAUAUUGAAAAGGUGAAUGAAAUAACAAGUAUAUUUGCUGAAAUAAGUCAAACAUUUAAUUCAACAUAUAAUACAAAUACAAAUGAUACAAUACAACAUGCUAAACAAAAACUUGAUUCAUUACAAUAUUAUAAAACAAAAUUAAUUAAUUCAACAAGUAUACUUGAACAGCUUGAUAUUACAACUGAACAAUUACGUGAAUGUUUAAGUCCAUCUGAUAUGAAAAAUUUAAAUCAACAAUGUUCAUUAUUAUGGCAACAACAUGGUGAUCUUGAGCAUCAAUUGGCAUUAUUAAAUUAUAAACUAAGUGAACGUCUUGGUUUAAAAAAUAAAUGGGAUAAUAGAUAUUCAAGAUUUUUAAUAUGGUUAACUGAUGCUGAAACAAGAAUUCAUAGUUGUGAUUCAGGACAUGAAGAACCAGAAGAAGCAUUGAGACGUCUUGAGGGUGAAUUACAUGCUGAAAUGGCAUUAAAACAACGUGAAUUAAAUUGGAUUAAAACAAUUGGUAAUGAUUUAAUUGAAUUUGUUGAUAUUGAUGAUAGAAAAUUAAUUGAAUCAUCACUUUAUGAAAUUAAUGAAAGAUGGAUUAAACUUAUGAAUACUGGUAAAGCAAGAGCAAAUAAACUUAUUGAUAUUAUGCAAACAAUGAGUUCAUUAGAAAAAAGAAUUGCUGAAAUAAGAAGUUGGCUUGGUAAAAUUGAAUUACAAUUAACUGAGCCAUUUAUUAUUGAAAAAAAAUCACAAAAUAUUAUUGAUAAAAAAAUUGUUGAUCAUGAAACGCUACAAAAAACAAUUGAAGAAGAAAGUGGUAAUAUUGGAGAAGUAUUAAAUCUCUGUGAAAUAUUAUUGGGCGAUUGUGAUGCAUGGAAAACAUCAUUUAAUACUGAAACAAUAAGAGCUGGUAUGAAUGGUUUAGAAAAACGUUGGAAAUCAACUUGUGUUAGAUCAGCUGAUAGAAAAAGAAAAAUAAUGACUGCAUGGAAAUUAAUACAAGAGCUGGAUAAUGUUAAAAAUGAUCAAGAAGUAUGGAUUAAUAAUAUUGAAAAAGAAUUAAAUUUACUUGAAGAUACAUUGGAUAAAAUAUCAAAAGAAGACACAGAACAAACAAUUAAUAAAGCACGAAGAUUAUUAAAAGAUAUUGAUGCACAUAGACCAGCUCAACAAAUACUUGAACAAAGUUAUAGUAGAUUAGCCAAAGGAGGAAUUGAACCAAGUAAUUUAAAAUCAUUGACAUGUGAUGUUAGACAAUUAUUAGAAAAAUGGCAUUCAUUAAAACCACGAGCAAAUGGAAUUAUAACAUCAUUACAAAAAGAACAAAAAGCAUAUAGAGAUUUUAUAACUGCUCAUGGUUCAGCAGUUGUUGGUUUAACACAAAUUGAUGUUAAAUUAACACAAGUACAACAUUUAUCAACACCAGAACAACAAGCAUCACCAAGAAAAAGAUUAAAAGAAAUUAAUAAUAUUGAAAAAGAACUUGAAACACAAAGUCAAACAUUACAACGAGCUGAUGAAUUAGCACUUAUUGUUAUGCAAGAUUGUCACUCUGAUGAUGUACCAGCUGUACAAGAGCUAGUUGAUGAAUAUCAGUUAUUAUGGCAAGAUAUUAAAACACGUGUUACAAAUCUUAAAUUACAAUUUGAAAAAACAAAUGAAAAAAUUGAAGUUGACGAAGCUAUUCAAGUUGAGACAUUAAAAUUCGAACAAGAUUGUGCUGUACAAGUUGAUACAUUACCAAGACUUGUUAAAAUGACAUCUUGUGAUGCAUAUUUAAUUGAACUUGAAUCAGCAUUAAAUGAAUGUCGUGGUGCAUUAUGUGAUCUUGAAAAUAUUGUUGCAAAUGAACCAAUUGCUGGACCUGGUAUUUCAAAUUCAGCUAAAAAUUUAGCAAAGUUAAUUGGUAGUUGUCAGUCUUCCAUUGAACUUGCAAGACAUUUACAUGGUAUAUUAUUACAAGAUGAUAGAUUUAAUAACGAUACUGUUAAAAAUAAUGAAGUUGAUCAAUUGGUUUUACGUUAUGAAGAGCUUAUAAUACGUGCUCGUGCACGUGAACAACAAAUCAAAGAAAUAAGGUCGCCUAUUGUUGAAGCUUAUUCUAUUCCAUGUGAACAUGAUGAUGGAAGACUUACAUGUCCAUUAUGUUCACGUCGUAAUUGGGCACAACUUGACAUUGAUCUUUGGCGAUUAGAAAAAUGGCUUGAUUAUGCUGAAGCCACACAAAGUGAACAACAAACACCUCCAUCUGCUAUUGAAGAUUUAGAAGACAUUGUUCAAGAUCAUCGUGAAUUUCUUCUUGAUUUAGAUAGUCACAAAAGUAUUGUUGUUAGUUUAAAUAUUGUUGGAACUCAUCUUGCUGCUCAUACUGAAGAUACUGAUAGAGCAAAUGAUCUUAAAAAUAGAUUAGAAAUUUUAAACAACAGAUGGGAACGUGUACUUAAUGCUACUGGAAUUUGGCAAAAUUUACUUCAAGCUGCUUUAAUUGGUAAUCAAGAUUUUCAUCGUAUUGUUGAUGAACUUUUAAAUUGGCUUGAAAUGACUGAAGAAUCAAUACGUGCCAGUGAACCAAUUGAUUUAACUGAAAACAGUAAUAUUCUUCGAUUAAAAUACGAAAAAUUCAGGGAAUUGAGAAGUGAUUUGGAAAGAUGUGAACCAAGAGUUUUAUCUCUUCAAGAAGUUGCCAAUCAAUUAUUAGACGAGCACGCUGAUUCACGUAAUCGCGUACAAGAAUUAAGACUUCGUUUACAAUCACUUUGUCGAUUAACUGGAAUUUAUGCUCUCAAGCUAGGUGCCUCAUUGGGUUUAGAUCCAAAAGAAGUAGGUCUUGCAGCUACCACCUCUUCUUUAGCAUCUCUAUCACACGAUUGGUGACGAAAACGAUCGAACGGUAUUACUACGUGGGUACCGUUUUAUCGGACGAGUAUUAAGAGCUUCCCUUCCUAUACAAGCACUAAUGCUAGUUUUACUUGGUGUUGCUUCCUUGGUACCAAAUGCAGAAGAGGACUACAGUUGUAUGCUCUCUAAUAAUUUUGCAAGAACAUUUU